AGUGUACAUUCCGCUGAACGCCCAAAAAGGAAAUAACCAGCGCGUUUAUGAUUUUCUUCGCUUCACCCCGUUACUGCUCUUCUUCUUAGAUAUUGACAUUUUCAAUCCGUCACUGAUUUUUUCCCGUGACAGAAUGUCGGACCCAGCAAGUCAAGCAAGCACAUUGCCUUACGAUCCGAACAGUUUGUCUUCCACCAUCCCCUCCUCAGGCCCAACGGACAUCACGUCGGGAUCAUCAGUUCUUAAUGACGCAACUGAGGGUAACCAUGGAGAAGCAGCAGCAGCGCCGCAGCAAGUAGCGUUCAGCGAAAAUGACAGCGACAAUAACACCAACACCAACAACAGAGAUUCAUCGCGAAACACUUUCUCCGAAGAGAGUAGUAAUGCCAUUGGCACCGAUCGAGAAAACACUGAUGAAUCAAGUUCCCAGGAUUCAAGAUCACCAAUACCCGCGUACAAGAAGUUCUGGUCAGGCCAGACCGUCAAUGUGGCCUCUAGAAUAUAUGAAGGGGCGGAUAAACCCGAGCUCUUUCGACAACAUAUAUGGAAAUCUCUCUCUUACAACGACGGUGGGGACGAGAAUUCAAACCAACCUGUAAAGCGCAGUAAGAGCCACCAAAUACCACCCAUCACUGUAGCACCACCUGCAAAUAAAAAGUUUAAAUCGGACUCCACCGGCGUCAACGACAAAUGCUACACUACCCCAUUCAACCAGCUUUUGACAUUGGGAUAUGUCGUUUCUAGCAAAAUGAUUGAUGGAAGUAAGUUGGCUAAAGAAAAUAUUGUUUAGGAACAUCUGCCCAAAAAACCCUUCUGCCAACUUUUAUACAAUCGUGACGCUAUGUAUUAAUCUGAUGUUGUGUUGUUAUAUUAGAAAAAACCUUAGAAUUAGAGGAACUACCAUCAAACGG